AUACUGGAGUACUAGAUUAGUAGUAAUUCUGUUUGGACAAAAUAGAGAAGUCAAGUGUGAGUGACCCGAUUCGAAACCAAAUAAUACCACUUCUUCCUCUUUCAUUAAUUUCUUUUCUCCUACCCAUUUUGUGCAAUUUUACAAUAUCUUUGUCUUGUUCACACAAAAAAGUAAGAAAGCGAAUUAGAUUGAUUCAUAGCACCUUGUGUGGUCUCUAUUAAAAAAAUAUUGAAUCAUGCCUUCAGGUGCAAAGAAGAGAAAAGCCGCCAAGAAAAAGAAAGAAAUUCAAUCCACUAAUCCUUCUUCCAACAACAACCCUCAACAACAACAACAAGGGGAGAAUGAGUUGAAGUCCAUAGAUGAGAAAGGAAGUGAUGGUGGAGAGGGUGAUUCGCCUGCGUAUCGUAAUCAUGAUGAUCAUAAUCAAUUCAAUGAAGGUAGUGAAGAGGUGGAGGAGAUUGAACAAUCAGCUGCUGUUGCUAAGUCCUCGGAAGAAGUACGUAAUGACGAUAAGAUCGAUGAUAAAGUCGAGGGAGGAAAGGAAGGCGUUGUUGAGAUAGAGUGGGAUAUGAAAUCUGAGGAGAGUUGUGAGAACAAAGAUGUGAGUGUUGUGCAAAUUGAGUCUGCCAAGGAAUCAGAUUAUAGGAAUGGGAAUUCCGUUGGUUCAAAUGAUGUAACUGAAACCGGUGCUGCGAAGAACUUAAAGGACGAGUCGUCCUAUAAUAAUUCUGUAAAAGACACAGAUGCAUUUGAUGAGGUCGUUGAUUCGGUAAAGGAGAGUGUUAAUUCAGUUACAGAAUCUUCUGCGGAUUCGGUUAAUGCUGUGACAUCUGUCUCUGAGAGGCAAAGUGGAGAUACUGGAAGUGUUACACUAGAGAAAUCAUUGGACUCUCGAGUAGUGGAAACUGAUCUUGCUGGCAAGAGAAGCGAGGAUAAAGUAAAUGUCUUACCUGAUGAGGAUGUUAGGACAUCAAGUUUAGUGGACGAACCUGAGACAAGGGAAUUUGACAGUACAAUAUCAUCGGCAGUGUCUCAAAGUCCUAAUGGUGUAGAACACGUGAAAGAUUCCAAUGCUGCAGAAUGCUCUGGAAAUCAGCCUCCAGUAGCAUCUGCUCCACUUAGAGUGCAUAAGACAUCUUGGUUGAGUUGCUGUGGCCUAUUGGAUGUUCUGUCAGGCUCUAACAGAUAAAUCAGGAAUACAUGCAUGAGGAUCUCAAUUGAUGUGUCAAAACCUGUGAAGACUUUAGGACUUGGUUCAGAUUUUUUUGUGAUAUUUGGAUGAAUAUGUGUUGUUUAUGAUUUUCCAAACAAAUAAUGGGCAACAGGUCCAACUAUAUGAGAGGUUUAUAUACAGUGAGGAUUGCUGUAGUAAUUGUGUUAGCAACAGUGUCAGCUCAAUAUCUGUCUUUAAUACUUUUCAAACUACACUUUUGUUUAGCCUGCAAUUGUUAUUCUUGUUGUCUUGUUUACA